GCCCGUCCCGGCCGCCAUCAUCGCCAUCGCCGCCGCCCCGCCCGCCGACCUCUCACCCGGGGCGGAGCCGGGCUGGGAGAGGCGACGGCGCGGAGCUCGGGGGUCCGGCCGGUUCGGGCCGAGAUUCUGCCCACGUGCCGGUGAAACCUCCGAAAAGAUUUAGUUAGAAACCGGAUUAAGUAUUAAGGCCGGAGACCAUCUGCGAGCUGGGCCGGUAAAUCCCUGCAGCAGCACGGUGGGUGCUCGGAGCACCAAGGCUCAUCUGUUUUAAAUUCAUGUGAUAUAAUACUGCACUCUUUAAUUUAUAAUAGUUUUUGAUGCCAGAAGAACACAGUCAAACUACAAUGGCAGUUGACGAACUUCAAGCCAUAAUACAAAGAUGCCAAAUUCUGGAAGAAGCUGAUUUCAAAGGAGAAGAUUUUAAUCUGUUCCUGGUGGCAGGUCAGAAAUGUUUAGAAGAUGGCUAUGCAGCUCAGCUAUUAGAAGUAAUUCAAAAUGAGAAAAAUAAGGUUAUCAUCAAGAAUAUGGGUUGGAAUCUCAUCUCUCCUCUUGUUAGAUGUAUUUUCACAUAUAAAGAAGAAGAUGAUAAGCGAGAACACUGCCUGAGGAUACUAGAUCAGUUGGCACAGCUGUGCAAUCCAAAGGAACUGUUUUUGGGUUUACUUGAGCAAAUCGAGCAGACCUCUGGAGAUCAAGUGUGUCAAACUGUCAUGUUAUUGCUUCAGCCUUUGCAGACAGUGCUUUUGAAACUUCAGAACAAGAAGGCCUACUCAGUGGGUUUGUCGUUGGCCAUGAUCAUGAAUCAGCUUACUCCCUUACCUGUACCUUACACAAAACAACAAAUACAAGAAGAUAAACUUGGUCUUUGUCAAUGUUGUAAUGCAGUGGUGGACUUUGCUAAACCCUUUGUGAAUGAAGUUGUUAAAAAUAUGGAAAAGUCAUCAGAAUACGAUGACAUGGAGCUGAAAGAAGAAUUAUUAAAAUUCUGUAUGAAAAGCCUGAAAUAUCCAUUAUUGACAGCUCAGCUUGAACAACUUGAAGGCAUUGAAGAACAUCCUUUUCGGCAUUUUGCAACUGAAAUUAUAAACAUUUUGUGGAAUAUAAGAGAAUUGAUACCGUUAGUGUUUUUACAUCAUAAAGGCAAAAGUCCACCCUGGGAGAAUCAGGAGUUUGCAGACAUAGAGCGAAAGAAUUCUGCAGAUUCUUUGGCAUGUCUGUCAUAUCUGAUGUUUGUUCAGCAUUUUGGUAUCGAAUGCUUUCCGGUGGUUUUUAGCCCAUCAUACCUUCUGCUAUGCAAUAUGACACACAUUGAAGUGCUACUGAAAAGAACAGAAGAAUCUAUGUUAUCUAAAGGACUUGAUCUGUUUGAGAGCAGUUUAUUGAGAAUGGAAGAUAACAGCCUUCUGCAUGACUAUUUAGAAUUCAGAGAUUUUAUUAAUGUACCUCAGGAUUUGGUGAAAAUUAUGACCCUUUGUCCCAUGGAGCAUCUGAGAAAGAAGAGUUUAAGUAUUUUGCAGUUGUUCAUAGACAAGUUUGACAGUGAGGGAAAAUAUACAUUAUUCAGGUGUUUACUGAAGACAAGCAACCAUGCUGGUGUGGAAGGAUACAUUAUUAAAAAUAUAAAAGAUCAGAUUCACUUAUCGUUAACGAAGGAAUAUGAUAACGUGUGGUUUACAGGACAUCACCUGAUCUCCCUUCUAGAUUUAGUACUUUCACUUCCAGAAGGUGCUGAGACAGAUCUUCUGCAAAACUCAGACAGGAUUAUGGCAUCGCUAAAUCUGCUGAGAUACUUAGUCAUUAAGGAUUGUGAAAGUGAUAAUCAAACUGGUGUAUGGACCACACUCACCAGGAUCGAGCAGAAUUUUUUAAAACCACUGCGUGUAGGACUCAAUAUGUCAAAAGCACAUUAUGAAGCAGAAAUAAAAAAUAAGAAAGAAAACAGAAAAGAGGCCCACAGUUCUAACACAGUUUGUUCUGUAACUGUUAGUGGGGAAAAGAUGCCUGCCAUGACUACUGGAAUGCAGCUUCAGGUUUUACACUCGGCGCUCUUCACAUUUGAUUUAAUAGAAAGUGUUCUAGCUCGAGUAGAAGAACUCAUUGAAGUGAAAAUAAAAGCUGUAAUGGAUGAAAAUAGUUAGGUCAGCUGAAGUAUAUGAAUGAACAUACUCCAUACAAGUUCAUUUAGACUGGGAGACUUUAGUUGCAAAGGAGGCUACCAGCCUUUAAAGAGGAGCAAUUUAGAGUGGCCUCCAGAAGAAUUGCAAAUGCUGCUCUUCAUAAGUCUUGUUGCAUGUGAUUCACAAAUAUGGUCUGUUUACUCCUUCAGAAUUUGAUGCUUUCUCUUAAGUUUAGAAACUAAACAAGGUGGGGGUAUGCCCUUCUGUUGUGGCGAGGAGGUAUGGUUGGGCAUUUAUUUUUCUUUACAUUUUCAGAAUUUGUUAGCUAGAGUUACUGACUGGUAUUGUGAAUUACAAACAUUUUUAUAAAGUGACGGAAGAACCAUUAAUUAAAAAGCACUGUUAAAGCAUAAGGUAUUUUUAUUAGCAUGUUUUUAUGUUGGCAAACUAGCUUGUAUAUUUGCAAACAGACUGUAAGGUAUUGCUAAGUAACAGUAUAGAAUAUACAAUCUAUAGAUAGUAAAACACUCUGGCAAAGGAAGCCAGGUUUAAAGGAAAACACAUCAACUUUGAGCCAAGUAAGAUGUUAAAACUUAGUAACAUAACAGAUAAUGCUUGUGUUUAAAAAACAGUGUAAGAUUUCAUACAUAUCCCUGUGUAUGCUGGGAAAACCUGCAUUUUGGAAUUGUUCUGAUCAUACUUAUCUUUAAUGAUAAAGUUUUCCUUAAGACAUAGUAAAUAUUUUGGGAAAUUAUUUAUAAACAGAUGAGUCUGUAAGUUCAGAAUCAAGUUAAAUAAAGAUGACUUUUAGUGCAUCUAAAUCACUUUUCCCCAUGCUUGGAAUGCACAUUUGGUACCAAGUAUGCUAUUUUUCACUGUAUAGUUAUUUAAUAUGAAUUUUCAUUCCAAAUGCAUAUAUUGUAUAUAGUCUUUUGAAACGUAACUAUAUUUUUAAGAACAUUCUAUAUUUUGUUUAAAAUGUAGCCACUCUAUUUAUGAAUAAAAACCCCAAACACUAAAUUAAUUACAGUGCAAUUGGUAUUCCUGGAGCAUCUUCCAAACUGGACUUUUUUCUAUUAUUUGGGCUUUUGUCAUUUCCAGUUUGUAACGAGUAUUAUCUGCUUGUGGCUUGGAAGUCAUCUUAGAGAAAAGAAAAGUAUUAUGAGUAGGACACAGUAACUCCUAGGUAAUAGAAUAUUCAACAUCUUAUAUUUCCAAUAGUGCAAAUGCAAAGUUAUUCAGCAGUGAAAUUUGAAUCAUGUUCUGAAGUAGGUAUUCAGGAGUGAUGUGCACAGAGGUGACAAUAUUUCAACAGGAGGUGGGAAUGGUAGCUUGGGAUUAGUUGGAUGGUAUUGCUCCCUUGGCCAUAUCUGUUCACGUGGGGCAAAAAGAAGUUGAUUUUUAGGUCCUGUACCAGUUAGGGAUUCUCUGGAAAAUGAUGAGCUCAUUAAACUGGCUUUGCAUCAGUAAGAAAGAAUGUAAUGGCAACCAGCAGACUGGUGAUAGGUGCUGUCACUGCUUCUUACAGGGCUCUCCUGUUGCAGUUUGGUGCAAAUAUUCCAAAGAAGCAGAAAAGCAAAUUCAAGUUUAUAGGUUCAGCAGUAACCUUAAAAGCUUUUAGGUAUAUGCUGUAUUAAGAGACUGGGCAUCACUAUAUUCCAUAAAAAGUACAAUGUUCAACACUGUAAUAUGUAUUUAACUUUUGCCAUACAUUAAGUGAGAUGAAGCUUACACACUUAUAAAAUGAUGCGUACUCUGAAUAGGUUAAUGCUUAUUUUGAGAUGCCCAUUUCAGGAAAGCAUAGAAGGUAAAUUAGUUUUUGAUUCCUUCCUAACAAGUCAUUCAACCUGCUCUUUGUAGUUUUGGUACAUGGGAUACUGCUAGUACUGAUACAGUUCAUAUCUAAAGUUAGAGUUUUCAUGGAAAAAUGGUCUUUAAAGAGUUUCAGUAAAUAGAUUUAAUUAAUAAUAUGUUGCUGAUACUGGAUAUGUUGCAGAUCCAGAGACACAUGACAGUAAGCUGUAGCAGUAAUAUACUAGUGUGUGCAUCACUAAACAUUCACAAGUAACUACUUGUAACUAAUUUUUAAGGUAGCAUUUUUACUUUAAGUUGAAGUCAUUACAUAUUUAAAUCUUAUGCUGGUUGUGCACUAGUAAAUGAAGACAUUCUAACUUAACAGUGGUAAGUAAGAGCCAAAUGAGGUCUUAAAUAUCUAAUGUGUCUUUGCAGAUGCUAUUAAGAGCUUUUAAGUUACCUUUAACAAUAGUUUAAAGACUCAGCUAAGAUCCUAAACGUUCAAUUCUACCUCAGUGUAUUAAUGGAUUGUGGUCAGUAUAACCCAAAGUUCCAUUAAGGAAAACCAAAUGUUUUAUAGUUCUUGGCUUUUCCUGAUUAUUAUACUAAUAUUUUUAAGUAUAUGCAAUGGGACUUACCUUAGCCAUAGUUAGCAUUAAUUUAACAGUUUCAGCAGGAUUAUGAACUGGUAUUACACGUAAAUUACUGCCCAGGAAUCUGCACAUCAAAAUAAAUUAAAGUUAAGGUUACUUUUAGAAUGUGUAUUUAAUUAGUUAUGCUAUAAAACUCAAAGUGCAUUCCCACAUGUUGUAAACAACUUUUUACUGUGCAAUUUUACUUACAUAGAGACUGUUUUUAUUCUUAAAAGCAAGUGGAGAAUUCAUGCUGUUUGUAUAGCCAUCUGUCCCAUUUCUGUACCACUUAUUUAGGUGGGAUUUGGAAAGGCUCAUUUCUUUAUCUAGGGCUCUUGGACAAUCAGUCAGCACUUCUUAAGUGUGUUUACACUCAGAGAGAACUAAACCCUCUUCUGUGAUAUUGCUGAAGACUGUUCUCAGUGGCAGUAAAAAAUAUGUGGGUUAUUUUUAUGGCUUUGGAAAAACACAGGAAAGUAUCUAAAACACUGUGCUAAAAACACUUCAGGAUUGGAGCUAAAUCUUUGUAGUUUACUAUAAAUAAAACAACCUGUAUUCCAGAUGAGGUUAAGAUAAUGGGAUAAUUUACUUUCAUGCAAGGGCUUUUUCACUCAAAUACUUUGACCUAAAAUUCAUUCUCUUUCUAUAAAUAGUGUUAUUCAUAUGCAUUCGUUCUUGAGAAUAGAAUCUGAAGAUUUUAAAUAGUAGCAUCAGUUGUCAUUCAGUGCAGUCAUGGAGAGAUCAAAGCUUAGGCAAGCACUGAGCCUCUCCUUCAGACUGGUACCUGAAGUGUAACACUGACAAAACGUCAGCGUUGCUGCUGUUUUCUGUUGUAGAGCUAAAACGGGAGAGGGACUUAACAACAAAGAAUGAGGAAUUUUAAAUAAGCAAAAAUGUAAUCCAAAUGAAGUGCCCAGCUGCUCAGUUGCACACUCCCCUGUGACCUCCCCUUGUGCCUACCACCUGCUCUUCCCUGCAAUCUGUCUGAUGACUUGGACUCACUCACAUUAAGACCUCAUGCUGGUUAGGUAUCUCAUCUGAACUUGUCUGCCCUUCUAAUUAGCAAAACUGUUACAGACACUGUCCUUCCCUAAGAGUAGGCACCCAGGUCUUGGUUGAGUUUUGCUAAAAUCUGAUGCAGGAACUGUGAUUUGAUUUACAUUCAAGGAUUAGAGAAAUAAAUUGAUGCAAUUUUAUUAAUACUAGAAUGGGCUAAGCAAAGCAUGAUGAAUGAACAAAGUGCAACAAAGAAACAGUUACAUGUAUUUACCUAGAUCCAUGAAAAUCUGUUUUUAUAAACAGUUCUGCUUCCAAUUACAGCAGGUCUAAAUUUAGUUUUAAUUUGUUUAACAGACAGAAUACUGGCCAUUUGAACACAUCUGGUCUUUCCUCCAGGGUGUUAAAAACCUAACAUACACACCUACUGAGGUUAUUAGUGGAAUGCUCAUUUAAGCUACUGCUUUUCUCCCGCUUCCCCCACACUAUACACAACCUUACAGAAGGUGUUCAUGUUGUUGAUGAAGAAUCCUAUAAUUUUCUUGUUAAUAAUAAAAAACAAUCCUUCCCCAGAUGCAGCAAAACCAUAGAUAAGCAGAAAGAAACAGUAAUAGAAGACAAACUGAGUACUAAGGUGUUCUGUUUUUUAACAAAUCCAACAGGUGACUUGUAGUUUGAAAGAACGUGGCACAAGUUUCAACCCCACCAAUGCAGAAGCUCAGUCAGUGCUUUACAUACAACAGAAUUCCAAGAUACCAGGUAGUAAAAAAGCAAAUGCAUUUAAAAUAUAAUUGUGCCUCGUCAACAUGAAUUUGAUAUUGCUUGCAAUGAUAAAACUAUUUUUAUUUUAAUAAGAUUACUGACUUGCCAAAUGGAAUACAGUUCCAAAAACAUUGCGUUUUAGUGAUCAACAGAUGCACAAAUUCUGUUGUAUGUAACCAAAAUCUAGACUGAGAAAUUAGCCUUGCCAUCAGCUGAAUAACAGGUUCUUGCUGAAUGGUGGCAGAACUUUUAAGACCUCUCAUGAAAAUGUAUGGCAUUUUCACAAACGGGUAAUAGAUUUCUUACAUUUCAUCCCAUACACUCUGCUAUUCAUCAACAUUUGGCAGUAUGCCCGGGAUUUAAUGAAACUGGUGUUUGUUUCAAGGAGGUAAAGAUCAAAGACUUCAUUACAAUAGUCACUUCUUGAGGCCAAGAGUGACAGCUGCAGUUCGGGCUACUGUACCUACCAGAAAAUAGUCCUGACUACAAGCAGUCUGAUCACUGUUGUCAGCAGAUAUGUACAGAAAUAUGCAAGUUUUCAGGCUUCAUUAGAAAACACAGACAAAAGUUUUAAACAAACCAGUUUUAAUGUCCAGUUUUAUACUUUUGGUAUAAAAUAACACUAUUUCAAUUGUUAAGCUCUGUAUAAUAGACACUGUUCCAAGUAAACAGAUUUUAAAAGCUGGUAAAUAAUCUGCACUUGCCAAUAAAGCCUCUUCUAAUUAA